AUGGCGACAACAAGCAGAUGCUCAGCUACCGUGCUGAGAACUUCGGUAAGGCCAUCACAGAGCAUCGCAGCUGGCCGCGUCACAACAACACGAUCUUCAUCUCGAGCUGGGACAUCGGAGCCACGGAGGACCAUCUCGACCAGUAGCACAGCAUUGCGGCCUGAUCCUUCCAGCGCAGGCCCAUGGGCAUCCAGGACCGCUCCACCGGCAUCCACACAGCUCUCGCCGCUCCAGUCGCCACACGCAUACCUUCUCGACGAGCUAGCGAAACGUGACCACCCGUCCUACCUCGCCCACCACUUCUAUCCGAAACACCUCCAGACGCACUUUGCCGCCAUCCGCACAUUCAACGUUGAGAUCGCCGGGCUGAAAGACACUGUCUCCAAUGAGUUGCUCGGCCGUAUGCGCAUGGGUUGGUGGAGGGACGCCGUCCAAGGAGCCUAUCAGAACCGUCCCGCAAAGCACCCCGUAGUUCUCGCACUCCGGGACGCCUUCCAGGACCCCGCGGUCCGCUCGAACCCCGCUGGCGGUCUCAUGCUCGACCACUUUCUGCGCAUCAUCGACGUUCGCGAAGCCGACCUCUCGGACGACUUCGCCGCGCCUUCGCUUGAAUCGCUCGAGUCGUAUGCGGAGAGCACCAGUUCUCGCCUGCACUACCUCUCGCUCAACCUGCUCGGCGUUCGAAGCGAUGCCGUUGACGAGCUCUUCUCCCACCUCGGCAAGGUCUCAGGUCUCAGUCUCGCCAUCUCCAGCAUACCCUACCACUCACAUCCUCCACCGCAUAUGCGGAACUCGAUCACAAAGGGCGCACGCAAGCUCGUCCUCCCCCGCGAGUUCGUGCACCAACACAACGUCGUGGAGGAAGACGUCUUUCGCAAUGGACCCAACGCGAAUGGUUUCCGCGACGCCGUCUUUGCCCUUGCAACAAGGGCGAACGACUACCUCAUCACAGCUCGGAAGAUUGUCAACGACGAGUUCGGCGGCAAGGUGCCUCAGGCGGUCGUGCCGACACUGGUCGGGAUCGUACCGGCCAGAUCGUACUUAGAGAGGUUGGAGAAGGCCGAUUUCAAUCCCUACGACGCCUCCUUGCAGAGCGGAAAGCAUUGGAAGCUGCCUUGGGAUAUGUGGAGAACCAGUCGCAAACGCACCAUCUGA